AUGCAGCCCGGCUGCCUCGUGCUUUCUGGAAACGAGAGGUGGCUGUUGACCUGUUUGUUUUGUUGCUGCCUUUCCCUCCGCUCUCUCUCGCGGCGGGAGCUGGGAGAGGAGGAGGCCCGAGCAAGGGAGGGGAGGGAAAAAAAGAAACACAGGGCGAGGUGGAGGAGGAGGAGGAGGAGGAAAGAGGCGGCUCCUUGGCCUUACUCAGCGGCCAUUUGCCUCCGCCCCUCGUCGCUUAGCCGGGAGUCCUUCCCUUCGGAGGCGACGCGCCGGUCGGGAAAAAGCGCAGCUGGGCGAGGAGAAGAAGAAGAAGAAGAAGAGGGAGGCUGGUAGGUGGCUUUGGGCGUCUGGGUCUCGCGGAGGCUGUCGACUGUUUUCUGGAGGGGAAAGGCGGGAAAAUAAUGUCCGGGUUGGAGGGGGGCCGGGGGGGGGGAAUGUGCGCUGAGAAGGUGCGUCUCUCUCUCUCUCUCUCUCUCUCUCUCCCUCUCUCCUCCCUGUUGCGUCUCGCCUGUUGCUUGCCUGGCGCUUUCCGAAAUAUCUCUUCAUUUAAAAGCAACAUCCAGCCCUCUCUCUUUCUCUCUCUCAGGGUCUCGUUGCCCCAAAGCGACGCCUCUUACUUCCCAGGCGUUCCCGUGGCUCUCCAGCCUUUAGCGCCCGCCCCAGAAGUAGCUAUGCCUUUCCGAGUGUGGGGCGACGACGACCGCCCGCCUUGCUGACGCUGCCAUGCCUUUUCCCAGCCCCUCCGUCCUCACCUUUUCCCUCCCUCCCGUCCAUCCGCCUCCCUCGACCAGUUGUAAGUUUCUGCGACCUAAUUAUCACAGCCAUAGGAAGCGACGACAAAGGGGAGGGGGGGUGGCGGGCGUCAAAUCCCGACAAAGGUGGGAUUAAGGAUGGGUUGAAAUGGGAGGCGGGGGCAGAAAUCUGUCAGGAAGGGUUAAAAAGUGACCUUUUUCAUGGACUGGCUUCCUGUUUACCUUUCCCUGUGUCUUAAUUCCCCUAUAAUCAAGCGCUGUGUUUUCAUCGGCUGCGUGUUUAGGUAUCUCAUCUGAGUUUUGACGGUGCCCUCAAGCUUCCUACCUUUGUUCCCUUCAUGUUGUUUGGGAGUGAUAUUUUAGUUUACUUUUUUCGCCUGACAACGCUACAAUCCUUAAUAUAAGGGGGAUAUUAAUCCCUGUGCAUUCCCCCCAUCCACCCAAUUUCCAUUAGUGCAUAUCAACCAUACUUGUUUGCUUCAUAUUCCCCAUCUUUUAGCUGUGGAGGGGAAUAAUGGAAGAUGUUUCAUCACCUUAGUGUCUAAACAAAGAGGUGUCAUUAGUUCAAUCCCAGCACUGUGAGACCUGAAAGCAUUUAUUUCUUUGAAUGGACGUGGAUGUAGUUAGUUAUGAUGGAAAGGUACUCUGUACCUUCUUGGGCAUUAUUUUCUUCACAUGGUCCCAUAUCUAUUUCCUUUCUGGUGUCAGGAUGCUAUGACCACAUUCUGAAUGUGUGGUCCUCCCCACUAUAGUCAGCAAGUCAUAAACAAAAUUUAGCUUGCUGGUGAAAUAAACCACAAUCCCUGGUUUGGGCAUAGCAACAAGCCAAACUUCAUGGCUGCUUGUUCGUGCAAGGAAAAGAGUGAAGCAGCUGUGAUCAUGCAGUGAGUUCUUGUUCACAGUAAGCCAUUAACCAUGUAGUGUGCAACACUUGCCACCUCCUACCCCACCCUGCUUCUCAUGUAUAUUCAUUUCCUUUGUCAUAGCCAAAGGAAUUUCCACUUAAUUAAAACUAGGAUCCUCAAAAUAUGAAAUGAGCCCCUAUGUGGAGCUGAACAGGUUUUUUUGUGGGGUGUGGAGUUAUAUCAUGACUCAGUUCUUACUGAUUACUUGAAUGUGCAAGGAGGUAAAGCAUAGAACACUUCUUCCCAGUUUCCAGUCAUAAUGUAGACAGCUCUGAGGCAACCCCUUUGUUUUAUUGACAAAUGAUGCAGAGACAAUACUGCCACCCGCCUUUAAAAUGCUCAGUUUUUGCAAAUAUUUUUUAUAAAUCCCUCUUCUUAAAACCUGGUUCAGAGUGAUAUUUCCCCCUUUUCUAGAGACCAGCCCUGUGCCUGAAACAAAAAUACACUCUGAACCCUUCUUGUCUGGUUAUAGUUAAUGUUUGGAGAGACUAACCAUAGUCUCGAGCUAUAUAUUGAGCCUCUUCCCUAAACUGUAUUGUUUGUUAUUCUUACCUCUACCUCUUGACCUGUCCUGCUAUUAUCUGUUGGGUAUUGGGGAAGUGGUGCUUUUUCCAGUACUACUUUAGCAUCCUAUACACAUCAUAGAUAUGCUGUCCAUGGUUAUGCCACAAUAGUAAAAAUAUUGUGUGUUAUUCAACCAAGUUUUGCUCAGAGUAGACCUGUUGAAAUGAAUGGACCUAAUUUAGUAAUGUUCAUUAAUUUCAGUUCGUCUAACUCUGUGAAACUUAGUUGAAUGCCACUCAUUGCUGUUAUGUGGGUUUCCUCUUUUACUUUAGACAUCAUGAAACAUCUUGUCAGGAGAGGAAAUUUAAGCUUGAACAGUUCAAAUAGUUGCAGUGCAAGCUGUUCUCUGUUUUGAAUAUUUGUUGAGGGCUUGUUCAGAAACAAUAACAUACUGUAUGCUUGCCAGUUCUGAUAUUUGCAGGCUUCACAAAACAAAACUGAUUUGUUGGUUGCCUAACCUUGAAAUAAAUUGGCAGUGUUGUUCAGUUUCUUUAAAAAACAAACAAACCACAGAAGAGGUCUUAGUUUUUAUUGUAAAUCACCUUGGAACUUUCUCAGUGGAAAGUGAUGUACAAUUCUAAAUAUUGGGGAGUGUUGAGGUUAUUGUGCUUGAGGUUUGAGGGGUACAUUUUUUAAAAAUAAUAAUAAAAUAGGGAGAUACAGUGGUACCUCGGGUUACAUACGCUUCAGGUUACAUACGCUUCAGGUUACAGACUCCGCUAACCCAGAAAUAGUGCUUCAGGUUAAGAACUUUGCUUCAGGAUGAGAGCAGAAAUCAUGCUCCGGCGGCGUGGCAGCAGCAGGAGGCUCCAUUAGCUAAAGUGGUGGUUCAGGUUAAGUACGGACCUCCAGAACAAAUUAAGUACUUAACCCGAGGUACCACUGUAUGAGGUGGCUUUGCAGUAUGAUGUUGCACUGACUGGCAGACCCCAGACCUAAUUCCAGAUUUUGUUCAGUUCUCAUUAUUGGCCUUUAAGAGCCCCUCUGAAGUUCUAUAUCAGUCAGACACAUGUGUUUUUAUUUAAUAAACACACCAGUUGCACAACUGGUUACUACAAUGACUAUGUCAUUUCAGCUUUAGCUUGUUCACAUGUUGAACAAAAUUCCUUGCAUGUAUUUUACUGGUUUUCUGAGCUGCUCUUUCAUAAGCUUUACAUGUCACAUAAGAGAUCAUACUGUAAGAUAUGUGCAUCUACCUCGAGGUGAAAAGUUGCUCUCGGCAGGUGUGAGUUCCACAUCAUCUUCAGUCUAUGUGUUUAUGGAAAGGGGUACAGGGUGGCUCAGCAAACAGGUGUGGCAAUGAAAGUGGGUCAGGCAUUCUAGUAUCUGGUAGUGAGUACUUGUCAGCCCCAGGUUGUAUGAUGUAGGAGGUUGCACAAUAAAGGGCUUUGAACAAUGAAACGCCUUAGAAUAAAUAUACGUUCUUGUUCUCCAAACCUUCCACUAGCUAUCCUAUACGGGAGGGGACAAUAGUUCAGUGAUACAGCAGGUGGCAAGCAUACAUAAAUGCCAGCUUCAGUUCAGCUUCAGAAGCUUGAAUGAAAGAACUUAACUAGAAAAGAUCUCUGUCUGAGACCUCUCAAAGCUUUGUAAGUCAAAGUAGACAAUAUAGAAGCAGGUGAACCAGUUUCAGUAUGAGACCGCUCUGUAUAUGUAUAAGAAUUCAGAGAUGCUAUUUUCUAAGCUAGACUGAGUUAUUUAAAAGCCAAGGAACAAACCCAGAAUUAAAGGAGAUAAAUGCUUCUUCUUGGGCAGAAUUAACAUUCUGAAUAGAAGUAGAUAUUAUUGGAUUAUAUUGAUAUUACUAGGGGCUUAUGCCAUAGUCAAUAAAUCUGGAGUAGUUUAAAAUUUUAAUCUUCCAGUUGUGCUAAUUUAACCUUUUAAGAAUUCCAGCCUCUCACGGUGAUAGCAUGUGGCAGGCAAGCCCAGACAGACAGAAGGUGGAAGGCGUAUGUGCCAGUUUAUCCUUUUUGGCUCAUAGUGGAGACUGAAACUUCUGUCAAGGGUCCAGAUUGUUUGGAUUCAGCUAUGAGUCAUGCAAGGUGCAAACUUUUGAGUGCCCUUAAUGUGUACUGUAUGUGGGUGGGCUAGCUAGCUUCCUUUGUCCUUCCUCGAAACCUUCCUGUAAUCUUUAUGCAGACAAAAUCUGCUUUGUACCAAGCAGAACCUAACAUGUGUGAGCAUGCUCUUUGUUCUUGAAACAGAAAAGUGAAUGUGGAGGCUGAUUUUGAAGCCUCUAGGCCCGUUGUGUCCAGUAAGCUGUGAAUUCCAAAGUAUUCAAGAACAAAUGUUGAACUAUUUAAACAACUAUGUACCAUGCUACUGAGAGGUAUAUUUGUCUUCUCACUGUUUAGGGUGUAGCUCUAUCUUACUUGUCAAAAAGUUGUAUUCUAAAACAUGUAUUUAAAGCAGAGCCUCCUUAAGUAGCCCUUAAAAUGAUUUCCUAGUGCCAUAAAAGUAUGAGAGACACUGUGAUCUACCUACAUUCUUUCUCUCCCUCUCUGCCUUAUGGGAUUCUGUUGUAAAUCCGAACUUCCUUCUUCUUUGUCCCUAGUCCUAUUACUAAUGUUUUGCAGUCAUUAAUUGCAUGGGUGCUGCAGCCUCAGAAGGAUCUGGGCAUGCUUUUGAAUCAAGCACCUGCAAGUUGACAGCUGAGUUCUUGAGAUGUCUUAUUUCCAGCUAGUGUCUGAAAGCAGCACUUCUAAUUGCUGUAGGGCUGCUAAGUUCUCUUGGCAGGGGAACUGACCCUUUCAGGAGCAUUACAAAUAUCUGCUUUUCUGCUUCUUUUCUAUAGUGCAUAAUUACUUAGAAAUUUAGUGAGAUGUGAAUAUUUACCUGCCUUGAUUUUGAAAUAGUUCGUUUGAAAGCCGUUAGACUUUUUCCUUUUGAAACAUUCACAACUUUUUAUUGGCCUGUUUAGUAACGAUGCUGAGUUUCUUUCGACGAACGCUUGGGCGCAGGUCUAUGCGCAAACAUGCUGAGAAGGAACGGCUAAGAGAGGCCCAGCGAGCUGCAACUCACAUCCCUGCUGCUGGAGAUGAGAAAUCCAUAAUUACAUGCCGUGUCUCUUUGCUGGAUGGAACUGAUGUCAGUGUGGACUUGCCGGUAUGAUAAUUACAUUACUUUUUCAACGUGGUUGAAUCAUGUUUGAGAGAAUAAUUGUGUUCUUCUUUAUCUCAGAGUUGAAUUAGAUCAUUGUGCUCAUGUCAUGGUUUUCAGCCAUAGUAGCCACAGUGAGCUGUGUAUUACUAUCCUCAAGGUUGGAUUACUGUAAUGUGCUUAACGUGGGGAUGCCCUUGAGCAGCAGUUAGUGCAAAACAUGACAGCUAGACUGCUGUAUGGUGCAGCCUGCUGGAAAGAUAUUAAUAGUAGUUUGGGACUGCCAGUUUGCUAAAUUCAAAGUGCUUAUACAGCGGUACCUCGGGUUACAGACGCUUCAGGUUACAGACGCUUCAGGUUACAGACUCUGCUAACCCAGAAAUAGUACCUCGGGUUAAGAACUUUGCUUCAAGAUGAGAACAGAAAUCGUGCUCCAGCGGUGUGGCGGCAGCGGGAGGCCCCAUUAGCUAAAGUGGUGCUUCAGGUUAAGAACUGUUUCAGGUUAAGUACGGACCUCUGGAAUGAAUUAAGUACUUAACCCGAGGUACCACUGUAAUUGUAACAAGAUACACAUUUUAUGUAGUUAAUGUGCAACACACUAGCAGAUUGAAAUUUACACAUUUCAAUUUGUGCUCAAUUUCUCUCUUAAUCCAAAGCCUGGACAUUCCACUCUAUGAACUUUGAUUUCCAGCCUAACUGAAAUUAACAAGGAAAAUAUGACAUAGCUCCAUACAAGGGACACAGUUAAUUUCAUAAUUUCACUGUUUACUAUGUACAGAGGGCACCAAUAUAAAAGCAGAUUGAAGCACAGGGACCAGCCUUUAAAUUUCUGGUUUUUAUUAUUUUAAUGUUUUCCAUGUUCUACUCUGGAAACAUUUGAGUUGAAGGGUUAAUACACACAAAAAUAUAUAUCCAUGUGUAAUAUCUAGAUAGAGAGAUAAAGAGAUAGAUAGAUAUCCUUGUCUAUUUUUAUUGGUUCCUUGGUCUGAUUUUAGAAACUGCAGUGAUUUGAACCAUGAAGUCAUACCAACACUGUACUGCUAUAUGGAAAAGGGGAGGAUAAGUCGAUAGUUACAUAACCCUAUAUUUGUCAUUCUUGGCAGCAAGAUUUGGAACUGGAACAUCUGGCAGGAAGCUGAGCUGACCUAGCAAUAUUGCACUGGAGAAGCAUAGUAUUUGCUCUAGGAAAUAUUUGCUUAAGCCAACACAUAUGAGUGUGGGCUGCCCACUUAACCGAGGCAGCUUUCUGAUCACUGUUCACUAGUGAAUAUUACUGAUCAAGCUGCAUACACCAGCUUAAUAUAUCGUAUUUUUCGCUCUAUAAGACGCACCUGACCUUAAGACGCAUCUAGUUUUUGGAAGAGAAAAACAAGGAAAAAAAUUAUUCUGAAUCCCAUAAGCCAGGACAGCAAGUGGGAUCGCUGCGCAGCAAUCCCGCUUGCUGUCCUGGCUUAUGGGAUAGCCGCGCGUAGCCUCUCCUGGGCAGCGGAUGAAGGCUUCCACUGCCCGGGAGAGGCUGCCCAUGGCUAAGCAAGAAGCCAGGACAGCCAGUUGCGCACGGCUAAGGCUCCCCCAAGAGCCGCGCUCCCUUUAAAGAGUGGGCGGAGUGUGAAACGUAUGUAACCUGAAGCAUAUGUAACCUGAAGUACCACUGUAUAUAAGUGCAAUUCUUUCUUUCUCUCUCUCUCUGAAGAAAAGUGUAUAGAUUGUGCAUUACCAUUUGCCUGUGUUGUAAGCUACAGUGGUACCUCAGGCUACAGACGCUUCAGGUUACAGACUCCGCUAACCCAGAAAUAGUACCUUGGGUUAAGAACUUUGCUUCAGGAUGAGAACAGAAAUCGUGCUCUGGUGGCGCUGUGGCAGCGGGAGGCCCCAUUAGCUAAAGUGGUCUUCAGGUUAAGAACAGUUUCAGUUUAAGAACAGACCUCCAGAACGAAUUAAGUUCUUAACCCAAAGUACCACUGUAUAGAGCAGGCACGUCCAACUCCCAAGAGAAUGCAAUCUACUCCCAGUACAAAAAAAGCUGGCAGUGAUCUACCCAUUGUCAUUGCUAAUAGUUGUUAAGUUUUUUGGGGGGGGACAAGCCAAAGUUGUUGAGCUUUUUGGAGGGCAGCGCUACAGACAACAUUGCUUCUACUUUCAGCGUCCUUUUACAUUUACGCCAGCUAAGCAGACAGCUAGCACCAGGGGCAGAAGGCGGAGUCAUUACUAGCCCGCGAUCUACCACUAACGUGAGGCUAUUGAUCGCAAUCGACCUGUUGGACAUGCCUGCUAUAGAUCAACCAAAGAGGGCUCCUUUGUUUUAGUUGUGACUACCUGCUUUUUUCAGAAACCUCAGGAGUUGUUAGCAAUGAUGUGGUGUGGAAAUUUUUCCACUGCUUUGCUGUUCCAUUGAAAAUGUUCUGUUUAUUAUUAUUUCACUGGUAACAAUUAUGCGUGUUGUUUUGCCUCACAUUGUAGAAUGUAUAGUUACCAUUUUGACAGACAAAGGCUUGUGGGGUGGGGUUAUAUUGCAAAACCCAUAGGAUUGCUGUAUUUAAAAAGUUGAGGCACAAUACACACAAAAGAUCACUUGCAUAAAAUCUUACUGUGGUGAAUGCAGAGAUUGUGAAUUAUUCUUUUCUUUUUUCAGUAAAUGCAGCCCUGUUCUCCAUGUCAAUUACUUUAAACUUUCUGGCCACAAACAGAUUUCACUUUGCAGUAUUUUUGUGGGUUUCUUUUUCUUUCUUUCUUUCUUUCUUUCUUUCUUUCUUUUUUGCUAUUUAACCUCUCUGGGUGGCUGGGCAUGGGAAAGAGCAGGCCGGAGAUCCUGGGUGGAAAAUUCUAGUAGCUGCAUUGUGGAAGGAUGUUUAGGGACAUUCCUUCUUUCCUAAAACUUGUUAACAUCAGUACCAUUUUUUCUGCACCCAGCUAGACGUUUUGAAGCGUCUAGGAGCAAUUUCACAAUGCAAUAAAACAAAUUUUUAAAUGCAUCUAUAAAAACAAUUUCAAAUCCAAUACAGAUACUGACGAAGAUAAAACUCUUCUCUCAGAGAGCUUGUUGAAAGUGGAAGAUCUUAACAAACACCAAACAGGCAGUAGAAGUAGUGCCUGAUAUGGCCUGAUAAGAUGGUACCUGCAGGAGGCCCUGCCCUGCAGAGCACAAUGGAUGAUUGGAUAUAUAAGGGAAGGAGAUGAUAUUUUUGUCCUGGUCCUCAGCUGUAUAGGGCUUUGUGCAUCAGUACCAGCACCUUGUAACUAGCCGAGUAGUUAAUUGGCAGCCAGAGCUGCAGCACCCAUGUACUUUUGGAAUAGGGUUCUUAGCCUUCCUGAAACAAGCUACUUGACUAUUGUGGGCUUUCAUGAGUGCAAUGUAAAGUUUGCUGUCAAACUUAGCGUCUCAAGAAUUGAGACACUAAGAACAUUGUCAGAGCACUGAGAAACAUAAAUAUUUUUGGUGACAUUUUUAGAUUUUCUCUUCAAUUCCGUUUCAAAUGAAGUGAUUCUAAAUGAAGUUAUUGAGUGUUUGUGAGGUUAUGUUGAACAAUUUGUGUGGCACUGCAAAUCAUUUUGUUCGGUUUCUUUGCCUACGCAUAUUCACAUUAUUUGUGACUGUAGAGGCCAGAAAUGAAAUCUGCAAUUCUGUGAAGUUCAUAGGUUGAAGAAAGGGCCUCUGGACCUCCAGAAUUACAGGCUGCAUAUUGUUCCAAUGAGUUCUUAAAUGUUUAAUGUGUUUAUUUUUUCAGUAACUUUGGAUUCAGUAAUGAAUAUUAAAAGAAGUUGGGGCAGUGGGAGAUUAUAGAUGAGGUAAAACAGUUGGGAAAUAACAGUUAUCAUGCAGUUCAUAAGGGUCCUGAGUUUCAGGACUAGAUCAGUAACUUCUGGUUCGUUAAGGUCAGCGAUCUAGAGAUAGUGAUUGCUGAGAUUGAGUUUAGGGGAGAAGAAAGAUGCUCAUGUAGUCCUGAACCUGGCUGUUACAGUGCUGGGAAGGAGAUGCUUUCCCCUCUACUAUACUUUUGGGGAGAGUGGGGGUGGGGAAAUUGAGUUUACAGGAUCCAUAUAUUCAUGGUACCCAUCUCUGAACCCUAAUUCCAUCUCUGGAUAGUUUUAAGCUGUUAAUUUUUCUGCUGAACUGGGCACGGAGUUAUUAAUCAGAAUUGGAAGAAGCACCCCCCCUUCUCCACUGAUAUGAUUUAAUUUUAAUUGUGAUUUUGAUAUAGUUAUAUUAAUUUUUGUGGUUUUAAUAUAUCUGUAAACUCGGGUCUACACAUGAAGGAUGGCAUAGAAAUUAAUCAGAUAAAUCUUGUGCUUCCUGGAGGGCAAGAAGCAUGCUCAGUCUUCUUCAGGCUAUUUUUGUGUAUAUGUGUGAGAGAGUAUAAAGUGAAUAUGCAGAAACCAUUGCCUUCGGUUUUGUUACCAAAAUGAUAGUCAAAGGCUAUCAGGUUUGCUGUUAGAAGUAAUAUAAGCAGUUGACAGAAUUGGUGUCUAGAGAGUAGCAAUGCAUUAUUGUUUUUACUGGAAUUUCUGAGUGCAUGCAGAAUUGCCCUCAAAAAUAAGGUUAAUCAUCAACUAAUCAGCCUCUUACUAACACAAGUUCCUCUUGUAAUUUCAGAAAAAAGCCAAAGGACAGCAGCUGUUUGAACAGAUCAUGUACCAUCUGGACCUCAUUGAAAAUGACUAUUUUGGAUUACGAUUCAUGGAUUCUGCACAAGUAGCAGUGAGUGGCAUGGGGUUUUUUUUUUCUUCUUACAGUAGUAAAGUUAAUUAAAUCAUACCAGGCCAAACACAAGAUUUGUGCAAGUGUUAAGUUGUUCUUGGUACAACAAAAUUUAUAGAUGAGUUUAAGAAAUUGUCCUGAACUUCAGUAUAAAAUCAGUUUCCCUUUUUCAUGUCCUCUGUCCUGGUUUUGAUAGAUAAAAUUAUGGAUCAGAGAGUUGUUGGUUCUAAUUCAAAUCUCAAAAAUGAGAAUAUGUUUAAUUCCCCCCCCCCCCGCUUUUAAUUUGUAUUGAAGUAAAUCAAACAAAUCAAGACAAUAAAAUAAUAGAAGUUCAUGACUUCUGUUUCUUUCAUAGUAUGAAAAGUAUUUUUUUAGUGCCUUGGAGUCUUUGUUGCAUGUAAUUCAUGUUACACACAUGUUUAUUGGAUCAUAGUUUAAAGGUCCUGGUUUAAAGGUCAUAGUUUAAAGGCCGCUUUGGACAGAACCAUUAGAAAGGAGGGUCAGAGGGGGGUAAAAACCCAUUGGGCUUUCUGUGGAGGUGUGUGUAUGACCUCUCAGUGCCCCAGACCUGACCCAUAAAAUCUUAAUGCAGCAUCAUAGAAACUUUAAGGCAGGGGUGGGGAAACUUUGCCCCUCCAGACCAUGCUUUUAAAACCACACUUAUCUGCUGGUCAACUGAUGGGGGAGAAAUAAGUUGAUUGGCGAGGGGGUUAAUUUUGGUGUUGCCUUCAAAGCUCAGCGUCACCUACCACCACUAUGAUUUGGCCUUCCAGGGGUGGGGAGAUAAGGAUCUGGUCCACGAGGCAGAAAAGGAUCCCCACCCCUGCUUUAAGGUCAUCUGAGAAAAACUACCAUUCCAAAUGGCAGAUCUGACUUCAGUGCAGUUGCAGUUCUGUGUGUUCUGAGAAUGCAGGGCUCUAGUAAUCCCAUCUUCCAGGAUUGUUAGAAUUCUUUUUUGGUGUUCUGGUCAGGCACAAAACCUUUCUGGUUUUUGUGUGUGUUGCUGGACUGUUUCUACCCAGUCUUAAAUUCAUGAUUCAGUCAAAAGGCAUAUGCACCAAGCACACACAAUUUAGUCAUGAUCUUGGUUAAUUAAGUGUGUCUGUAUAUAUUACAUAGAAUUUCACAACUGAGAUUAUUUUGGUAGUUCUUCAUUGCAUUUCCACCACCUCACAUGCCAGUGCAAUGAAAAACUCUUCUGACCUUAAUCAUAUUUUCUUGUGACUUGUUCUUAUAGCCUAGGGUUCCAUGAGCCUCACUUGAUACUGUAUGAUUUACUUGCUUUAGGCAAUUUAUAUUUGUUUGCAUUCAGCUGGUCAUUGUGCACUUGGAAGAGUGCAUUGCUCAGUCUAAUGCAAUUGCUUCAGCUUUCUGUUUAUUGUGAUGCAGUGCUAAUGUUUGUCAGGUAUAUAAAAAUGGUGUUAAAGACCAUGUCUUUUUUAUUUUAAUGAGCUCUGCCUUUUAUACAAAUAGUUGAAUCUUGAAUGAUGUUGAUGUAGUACAGGCUAAUUCUGUGAGUAUAAUUUGGGAGUUGCCUUUACAAUUCAAGAGACUUUUUUGUUCCAGUGUCUCUGUUGCUUCCCCCUCCCAUUGUAUUUUUGGUUAACAUUGAGUUAGAAGGGACCCUAAACAACACCAAUGCAAAUAAUUCACCUUAGUGCUGUAUAUUCAACCUUAAACCUACUGCCCAGGAAAUCAUAAAAAAUAAUAAAAAUCAUCCCAGGAGGAAAAAGGCUUUUGCAUGUAUUCAUUUCGUAAUUACAGCAGGAGGUUCAUGGCUUGCAGGGGUGGCUAGCAGCCCAAUAGUAGGGAGAUCUGUGAGUAGCUUGGCUCAGGCCAAAAAAGUUGCAGGACACUUUCUCAGAUUGUAAAUUUUUCAGUAGGGACUAUCCUCUGGCUUAAUCUUUUGACCCAUUACUCUUACCAUAACCUUGCCUUGUUUCGUGAAGUGUGUAUUUCUGCAGGAUUAGAGUUCGUGCCUGACCCUGCUGAAUUUGACAGCUGCGGUAGGAAAAGUAAUAUAUUCCAAGCAUUGUGUUGCAGUUUACUUGGAGUAAAGUAUAGUUACCAAGUGCAACUGCAACAUGAGAUCAGGUCUCAAUGUCUCCCAGGCUUUGUUCUGUAAAAGUAAUUCCCUCCCCCUCUUCUGUGUGCCAGUCAAGCUGAACUCUUGUAGAUGGCGCUGGUGUUAGGAACUGAGUUGAACUAAGUGGUGUCGGUGCCUGUCUCUGGUCUGUUAACUGCCUUUCUGUGGAAUGUGGAGGAGGUGAAAGAAAACAGAUUGGAGAUGAAGCAAACUUAUACUUUGCCCUACAGUCUGGGAACAUCUUUCUUUUUUUCUUUUUUCUCUUUUCUUUUCUUUUCUUUUCUUUUCUUCCUUCCCUGUCCCUGUUGUUUGUGUAUACGGCACCAUAGCACUUGUAAUACUCUACUUUGGUGGAUUUGUUUUCUUACCAAAGGAAAUGUAUGUUGGAUGGGUGCAGACAACUGAUGGAAAACUAUCCAAAGAAGGCAUGUUUAUGGUAUAACUUCCUAUAAUUGAUUGAUUGCAUUGAAUGAAAUAAUCUUAUUUCGUUCCAAAGCAGUAGGACAGUUCCAUGAAAAUAUCAACCAGCAGGCUCUUUUUUAUCUUCCUAUAUAGCUAGCAUGUUAUGUAUCUUUUUAAAGAUAGUUUUCCAAAGUUUUAUUAUCUGGCAACAGUUCUACACAUGAGUGAAACAUCCAGAAGCAGGGCAUGCAGAAUGAUUCAGAAUUUCUCUUAAUUUUUUUAGUAACUUUUAGCUAAAUACUUUUCAAUUCAUUUAACAACCCAUUAUUUUAUUGGUAGUUUCGCUUUUGCUUUUGAUACCUGAGAAUAAAUGGUAUGUUAGGAAUAAAUAUUAGUGAGCUCUUGUUUUGUAGGUUGCGUGUGAGUGAGUGACUUGUCACAAGCAAUGUUGGUCACAUUAAGCUGGUCACAGAAAACGUUUUCCCCACAGGGAUAAAUAAACAGUAUGAGAAGUUUGACACUUGCCCAUGAAACAUUAGCUGUUUUUGUAUGUGGCUGCAGAUGGGGAAAAUUGAUUCACACUUUAAGAGAAUACAGUUAUCUAAGUUACAGAUAUAUUCUUGAAGUUGCAAAUCUCUUGUGUUGGUCAAAUACUUUAAAACACAGUUCUAAAAAGGCAAAUGUUAACUAUUUGGCAUGCUUCUUGGUUUUUGGUUUUUGUAGGGAAGAUCAGUCCAGUUCAACCACAAAUAGUUUAAUGUUAUUUGGAGUUCAAAUAAUAUUAGUUAACACACAAAUUAUUAUGUAAACAAGCUUACAAAUAUAAUGGUGGUAAUUAUGGAAUUACCUAACAACAACAGGAACAACAACAGCUGUCAUUUAAUUAUGAUUCCACUACUGCUACUCCGUUGGUAUAGUUCAGGAACAGUUUAAUCAUGUGGUCUUUGUUGGUUUAGAUGAAUUUUGUCAGGUUUCCCAAAUGCUUAGAAAUUUGAUGGUGUAAGAUGGGUGUAUGUUGUUUCAUACUGUUUGUAAUGUAUUUUAAAUUGCAAUCCUGGGGCUUUGGUAUAUUAUUAGUAUUAGUAUUAGUAUCAUCAACAUUUGCUGCAGGUGGGAUUAGAGUUGGUAUAGCUGCUGUCAAUUGUGAACAUCCUGUGUUUAGAGGUGAGCCCAUAUGUAUCACAGGGCUGCAUGUGCCAUUUUGGGUCAGUCUCAGUCUGGGGGAGUGAGGAUUAGGUGAUGUCAAGUUGUACUAGCAUCAGAUCUGACAACCAUCUCCAUUAUAAGAUGCCUGUCGGCACACUAUUGACUACAGCAUAGGGUGGGGAGCCACGUAAUGUAUUCUGAAUGAUAGCAGUGGUAUUUAAAGGAAAGCCUGAGGCCACAGGUGGUAACUCAACAGUAUUAUACUUGGAAUGGUAUCAUUACAUAUAAGGAUGUUCUCACCUAGGAAAAAUACUUGGCAGAUUUAAGGAAAUACCCAACCCGUAGUUAACAUAUUUUGUGAACUUAGCUUCUACAUCCUUAUGUUCUGAACUUAAUGUGAUCUGCAAAUUUUUAUCUUGUACUGCUUGCUUCAUUCCAGCUGCUGAGCUCUCUGAGAGGAACAUGUAUAAACAAUUCAUUCUAAUGCUUGUGUCAGCACUUGAAAGAGACAAUGCAUUCCACAAUACUAGUUUUUAAGCGUAACUGUGAGAAAGUUUGUGUGCUUGAAUAGAAAGGAUGCACUUUUAGGUGAAAAGUUACAUUGGCAUGCCUUUUCCUUUCUUAGAUGGGAGAUAUAAUCUUUUUCAUAUCUCUUUGGUAAGAUGGCAGCCUGAAACGCAUUGAAACAUAUGUUAGAAUUCUGACAAUCCCAGCAGCUUUCUGGCUCUGUGACUUGCAAAGAUACAUUUGUGCUGCAAAUUGCGGAUCAUGAUUUCAGCGCUCAAGAAAUUAUUAACUUGCCUCUUGAAACGUAUUCUAGCAAGCUGUUACAGUCAAUUAACUGUCGGUCAGGAACACUGAAUGUGUUGCUCUUAAAAUGCUUUAUACUGCUUAGAACUAUUUUGGCUUGUUCUGUUCUAUGAAUUUAUAAUUUGCAUACUAUAUUUUUAUGUUGAAAGCAUAAAGUCUAUAAUUAUUAAUUUUUCUUUCAGCACUGGUUGGACAACACAAAGAGCAUUAAAAAACAAGUUAAAAGUAAGUGAAGUUUGUGUUUUUAAAAAUCUGAUUUACUUGACUAUCGACAAAGACUUUGUUUCCCCAAAAUAUACCAUGGCAGUAUGAAACUGCUCAAAGAACAAUGUUGUAAUGCCAAGUUUCUGGCAUUACAACUGAUCUUUGACUCACAUUACAUUUACUACAUGAUGUAUUGAAAGCUAAUUCAGUACAGGGCAAAAAGAAAAAAAGGGGCUCCAAUUGUUUAAAGAUUCUGUAGCACAUUUCUUUUUGCACUUUCUGCCUUAAGAGUAUUACUAAAAUGGAUUUGGUGGACUAUAUUUUAGUAAUCUUUGCUUUGCUGACCUAUUGUGAUGUGUAUUUGUAUCUUUUCUGUGACUGAUAUACAUUGACUUUUUUAAAAGGAACUGUUCUAGUAAUGUAAAUCAAAAGGGGGAAGAAACUUUGAAGAUCUGGUAUUACAGGUGACCUGAAUCAGUGGGUGUUGAGGAGGUGCAUGAGUAACAUCAUAUUCCUGGUUUAGAAUUUCUCUCAUUGGAAGGAAAUGAGGUGUGGAGUCUGCUGCAAUAAAAUGUUUAGCUAGCUAUCUUCCUAUGACACAAACUAACAACAGGAGGUACUCCCCAAAACUUAAGACUGCCUGGGCAGAGUUUAUAAGGAUUUGAUUGGGGUACAAAGCUAAGAUUGAUGGAUUUCUCAGUUCAUGGAAUAGAGCCUUGUAAUAUUGGGAUUAACCUAGAUUUGUCUGUUCUUCUUGGCAAGACAAAUCAACUUAAUGUAAUGAGACUGAGUUGGCUUCUGGUAUAUAAAACUACUACUGUUUGUUUAGCAUUCUCUUUUUUUGCUAGUGUGCUCAGUAUUACAGAAGGGAUUCCCACCCCCUUUGAAUUCUGAUUAGUGAAUAUAUUUACAAAAUAAUAUCCUUGCUGUCAGAAACCUAAUAUAUUCACUUUUGUAGUUGGUCCACCAUACUGUCUACAUCUUCGUGUAAAGUUUUACUCUUCCGAGCCAAACAACCUACGUGAAGAGCUCACCAGGUACGUUGUAUGCAGUGAUACAAACUGGAGAUCUCAAAUCCAGUACAGGCAAUGAGCAAUUUAUGUGCGUCUAUCACACACACAUGCACAGCACCAAACCUGGAAGUGACCCUAAAAAUCACUAGAAGGGUGGGGAGGGGAAGGGUGGAACAUUUUACACGGGUCCCUCCAAUGCGUGCAAGGGUCGAGAACAUAGCGUCCUGUGCAAAACAAGGAUUGCUUGCUUGUUUGCAGUACAUUUGCUUUUUGUGCUAUAUCUUUCAUACUAAUCUGCAUAUGAUUGUUGGUGGUCUCUCUUGGAAUCAAAAUUCCAAUCCACCUGGUUGUAUCUCACUACUGUAAUGUCCCUGAAUGAUAAAAUUGCAGGGAAGGCAUUUGGGCAGAAUCUCACAUACAUUGCCACAGUUUCAAGGUGUUCCAUUCCCACAGUACAGUGAAUAGGACUUCCGAGCACUUCAGGGAACUGGCAGUUCUUUGGUGCUGGGCGUUUUCCUUUCUGCUGUGAGUAAUCCUUAUACCCAGUCCUUCUGCUCCGGCCUUUGCUGUAGAUUGGGUCCUGAUAAUCUUUACGAAAUCAUUAAUGAAGUGUAGUUUUGAGGAAACACUGAACUUUGAUAGAAAUAUUUUUAGACAUGUUUGGGAAAUCCAUCCACCUCCUUUCAGUAUUGCACACUAGGAAAUCGGAGAAAACAGAAACUACAAAUUGGAUAUUCUUUAAUUAGAAUUUCAUUCUCUUGCGAUGAAAUAUACUGCUCCAUGUUUCCAUACUUGAAGUGAGAGACCACAGUGCGUUAUCUCAUAAUUAAGUCUAGCUGCUGAUAUUUGCUGCUCUUCUCCAGUGCUGGAAUUGUUCACAAACUCAUGGAUGUUUCUUGCUCUUUCUUCCUGAAAUAGAUAUUUAUUUGUUCUUCAGCUAAAACAGGACAUUUUGAGUGGCAAGUAAGUACUGUUGAUAAUUACGCUAAAUGAAGGGGGCUUGUCUCUUAUCAAAUAUGUGCAGGAAAUUUAGGAUACAAAUAUAGAACAUGUGCAUCUCCAAGGUGCUGAAAGUAUUAGUAGCUACUUACCAUGCUUUGUAGCAGUGAACAUUAAUGGACUCUGGUAGUUAUAAUUAGCCAUUUGUUUAGAUUCUUUCCUCAGAUUUAGUAUUUAAAAUUCCACAAUUGCAUCUUAGAAAUCUUCAUAAUUUUUUUUACCACCUAAAGCAGUGGUUCUCAAAGGGUGUGGCCCAGAGAAAUAAGUUUGAGAACCACUGGCCUAAAGACUAUGGUCAGGUUUCUGCAAGGAUGUACAAAAGAGGAGGGAGGUGGUAUGUUGAGAAUGGGGAUAUGCUGCUGUAUGUGGUGCGUAACCUAUGUGAUGUCAAUUAUUAAUGGUUCCUUUAAUUCAAAUGCAGACUUUUUGGGACAGAUUUGGUGUGGCGUAAUUGAAGAAUAUAUUAAUGAUUCCCCAAUCCAUAUAUUUGUAGGAUCUAGGCUGACUUAGGCAAGCUUAUUUGCUCCUUUAAUGUAAAGCGUACAUUUCUGAAAAUCCAAGUGUUAUAGGAACAUGGGCUUUAAGUAUAUUUCUGAGUAAUAUGUCAAGUUCGCUGAAACGGUUCACUACAUCUUCCCCUUCCAAAUCGUUGACCCAUAAUCAUUUCCUCAUACUGCCGUUGAAAUUUGCUUGACGUUCUUUUUUUUCCCUUUUCAUUGCAGGUUGGAGUGUCCAUUUGAAACAGCUGUGCAGUUGUCAGCUUACAUGUUACAAGGUGAGCUGCCUUAAGGGAACUGCCUUUGUGUGGGUGUAUUGCUUGAGGUGCAGGACUGAUUCGAAUAAGACAAGGUUUCCUUUACAGAUAGCAAACCUUAUGUAAACUGCUGGUCACAUUAAUUGCCAGGGAUUCAGAUAAAUUACUGUACUUGAGCUAUUUCUGGGCAUUGUUGCUUUUUCGCUUUAGGGAUAUAUUUUGUAGCCAGAGGAUUAUAACAGCUGAUAGGGCUCAGUCAUGUGAGGCUUAUCACUAAGAUCUUAGCUUUUUCUUGCUACUGUACAAUCUAGCACGAGUGGGAAGUAUGAGUGGAAUCCUGGGGUGUGGACUACCUUAUAGUCCUUGUGUAGGAAAAAGGAGGGCAGGCGUGAGAAGAAUUAACUUGCUUAAGUGAAAUAAUUAUUUUUCCAUAGAUGUCUCAGAGCUUUGGUUCCAUUCAGAAAAACACUGUGAACCUCAUAUUGAGAUUUGUUGGUUAUUUUGGCAAAGCAAGCUCAGAAUUCUGCACUUUGACCUCUACAUUUGUACUUACUGAAAGAGAUGUCAGCUUGGAAGUGUUUAUUAGGGAUAGUUUGCAACAGAAAUUAAGUGUUUUCUUGAUUACCUUGCAUGAUUCUCUCUCUCUCUCUCUCUCUCUCUGUGUGUGUGUGUGUGUGUGUGUGUGCGCGCGCACACACACACCUUUAUGUCAACAAAAUCCUGAUUUCAUUUUUAAGAGUAAUUGCAUUACAAUGGGUUGUAGUCGCACAGCCUUUGCCUAUUUGAGGACUUUAAAACCCUUUUAUAUAGAAAUAAGUCCAACUACAUUCAUUCAAUGAAACCUCUAAGUAAGUGUGUCUAGAAUCAUUAUUGCAAGAUCGUUACUGCAGAGCAAAAGGAAUUUUCUGUGAUUCUCAUAGUUCUGAUUGUAGAUAACUGUGUUGGAAGUAGAUACUCAUAAGUUCCUAAUCAGUGAUCAGUGGCUGUUAGUCUUGUAUCAAAUGUAGUUUUUAAAGUUAUCUAUAUUUCCUGUGGGACUUAGAAUCUUAGAAAGUAUUAUACUGUUUUACCUGGCAGGCAUAUAUGUCGCAAAAAGGUACUUCCCCACACAAAAGGAGCGGGUGCCACUGUGGUCUAAACCACUGAGCCUCUUGGGCUUGCUGAUCGAAAGGUCAGCAGUUCAAAUCCACACAACGGUGGUGAGCUCCUGUUGCUGUGUCCUAGCUUCUACCAACCCAUCAGUUCUAAAGCAUACCAGUGCAAGUAGAUAAAUAGGUACUGUUGGGGUAGGAAGGUAAACGGCAUUUCCAUGCACUCUGGCACUCGUCAGGGUGUUCUGUUGUGCCAGAAGUGUUUUAGUCAUGCUGACCACAUGACCCCACAGCCUUGGUACAAAAGGUUAUAUAUGUGAAAAUAUUUAUAAAUUAAUGUUGAUCAUUUUUUUAAUGUAUGAGGCAACGAGGAACACACAAAAAAUGUGAUUUUCUGUAUUGCUUAGAUAGGAGAGGGGGACAGACUUUGCGAUGUAUUCUGACAAUCUUUCAGAGGAAUUCAUAAAUUUGCUGUUUGUUGGGAUGGUAAAACCCAACUCUUGAUUUUUUUUCCUACUAACAAUCUAUAAGUAGUGUUCAGUUGACAGAUAAGAACUCAAGUAACACUGGUAAGAUAGUGUUGGAAGAUACUGGGUUUGAUGGUAUGGGUAGGCAACUCAUAUAUCCGUGUAAUAAGAGAAGACACUUUUGAAUCAAUUCCCCAGAACAUAGUAAUUUUGCAACAUGCAGCAAUGAAGUGUUGGUAUUCAUGUUUCUGUAGUGGUGGGAUGCAGAGAUCCAACUCUGUGAAGAGGGCUGCAGCAAAGCCUUAAAGAAUUCAUGCCUUGAUCCCAUUUUGGCAUAGAUUCUGUUUAUAAAUUUGCAUGACAGUAAAUGUUCGAUUCCAGGCUUUGAUGACAGUGCCCAGUACUCAGUAGAAUGCUGAGUAGAUCCUAUUUAAAUUAGCUGGAGGUUAACCUAGCUUUGGAAGCAAGCAAGCAUCAAGUAAAUUAUGGAUUUAGAAACUUCCUUAACUUCAAAUUGAAAGACUCAUGAAAAUGCAGCUUAAAAUAUUUAUUCAAUAAGCUCAGUUGUGUUCAAGACCCAAGAAAUCUAUUAAAAUAUUUACAUAGCACAAAAUUUAACAAACAUGUUAUAUUAUUCAGUGCUUCUUCUUACAUUUCCAGCUGCUUCUUUUUACAUUUUAAAAGACUGCAUUAAAAACUUCAUGUUUGUGAUGGUAAAAAAAGAAAGUGAUCUCACUAAGCAUCUGCAAGUCUGAGUAUCUUAAAAAAAGAGGAAUGAAAGAAGUUAAAUAACAAUGCUAGUUCCCCCGCCAACAUACAGUUUCAGCAGUAAAUGAAAAUACUCUUCCAUAUAAGUUUUUGUUUGUGUCUGUAGUUCUUCCAAAGCUGAUUUAAGAUUCAGUUUUAACAUACCUGUACUAAGAUCAAAAUACUGAUUUCCUAUUAAACUGUAAAUAUUUAAAUGAAGUUUUAAUUAUCUUUGAAUAAAUGUUCAGUGUGUCAAUGAAAUGAGUCAUUGUAGGCACUUCGGAUUUUGCCAUUUCCAAAUUUGCUUUUGCUAGAAUUUUCUUGAAGUAUUCUUCUCUUUCCAGCUGAACUUGGUGACUACGACCCUGCUGAACACAUCCCUGAUAUAGUUUCAGAGUUCAGGUUUGUGCCCGAGCAAACUGAAGACAUGGAACUCGCCAUUUUUGAGAAGUGGAAGGAAUACAGGUAAAAAAUCUCAAAUGGUAAAUUGCCACAUCCAUCCAACGCAUACCAUUGUAUGCAUUGCUUUCUUUUGCUGAGUGAAAGGGGACUUUAAAUUCCUAUGAAUACCUUCCUGAGUGUUGGUGUUGUAUUUCUGUUGAGACAAACUAGAACAUAGUCCAAAAGCUGUCUUCAUUUUCUGAAGCAAUCACAGCAAGCUACAAGACACAUCUAAGACCAGAUAGUAUCAUCUGGACAAUAGGGUAUGCAUUUUAUGCAGUCUACAGCCUUAGCACUUCUUGAUGUUAUCAAUACAGGUCUGUAAGCUUCCACAGCUUAAUUUAGCAGUUCAGUAUUUUCUUAGCCCCUUGAUUUCAAAACAAAACUCAAGUUGGCCAUUAUUAAAACUGAGUCGAGAUGAGCACUAUUUGGCUUGCUCUACAUAUAUCAAGUUCCCCUUUUUUGUAUUCUUUCUGUAACCUCACUUUUUUAUCAAGGCAUGUUAUUUUUAACUUCAUGUGAUUUUUGUGUAAUAUAAAUCAUUUCAGGGGGCAAACACCAGCUCAGGCAGAAACAAAUUAUUUGAACAAAGCAAAAUGGCUGGAAAUGUAUGGAGUAGACAUGCAUAUAGUCAAGGUAAGUUUAUGGUUGUAGGCCGUGCUUUUGGGAACGUUAUUUUUAGUACUUCUAUAAACAUAAAAAUACCUAAACUUGCAGUCUUUGUAGCAAUGAGUGGGAUCUGCUUCUUAUAAUAGCCUAGUCUGCUUACCUAUACAAGUUACGGAGGACAAUUUAGUUAAUACAUAUCUUGCUGUGCAUCUGCCAGAAAUGGCUAUGAUCUGAAGCUACUGCUUAUAUACCCAGCUGCUAUAACAACAACCACAUUUGUGAGCUUACCAAAGGUUGGCUGCAUGGCUGGGUGGGGACUUUAACCCUGGUCUCCCAUGUCAAAGUCCAACAAUGGAUCUCUAGACCAGACACAGUGAAUUUAUUAUCCCAGUGUAUUUUGUAGCUAAGAAAUGAAUUGCUCUGAAAUUCUUAAUCAUAAUGUUAAACAUAUUCGGAAUAAAUAUAAAUCGUGGAAGUCUUGAGAGAUGAGUGCUGAAAAUAAACUGAGAUUUAAUAUUGUUUGACUUAGGACCAGGUUUGCAGCCUAAUGUUAAGUAAUUCUCAAGAAACCACAAAUGAUAAAGCAUAAAUGUAGCUUUCAGUGUAGAUUAAUAUAAGUGAAAUGUUCUAUGUAACUAUGUAUGUUUCUAGAAUUCAUAUCUGUCAGCUUGGCUUGAUCAAAUCCUCAGAGCAGCAGACAAUGUCCUUAUAAGCAGUGAAAAUAAUAUCCAAAGAUAAAAUAUUUAAUAAAACAAAAAAUAAUAAUAGAAUAAAUGCUUGGUAAGGGGCUUGUUAAUAACAUCUGUGACUAAGGCCUUUAAUUUUGCUGCAGUAUCUUAACAGUGAAUGAAAGUAUAAUUAAAGUAACUUGUACCAGCAUAAAGUCACAUCUGUAGGAAUAUUCUAAUCUAAUUUGUAUCCCUCUUAGGCAAGAGAUGGAAAUGAUUAUAGCCUCGGACUAACACCCACAGGAGUUCUUGUGUUUGAAGGAGAAACUAAGAUUGGAUUGUUCUUCUGGUAAGCAGAAUAAUUUAUAAAAUAAAUUAUUUUAGGGUCUGCAGCCUAGCCCUAGGCUAGAAUUUGUAAGUCUUGUAAGCAAGCACGGUUCUAUGUUGGCAUUCUCUGUGAUUUGCCAUAACAGAGCUCUAGGUGUAUUGUGAAUGGGUGGAAUGAUUCUUGAAAAUGGCUGUACAGCUAUUUAGUUUGGGCUUUUGAGAAAUUAAUGUCUGUGUUAGGCUGCGUGUUUAUAUGUAAAAAAGAGUGGUUUUUCCUGAGAGUGCAGAUAUGUCUGGGUAUGGGACAUUUAUUCAGUAGGAUGAGUGUAUACUUCUCAUUCACUGGAAGGAACUAAGAAAUUGGUCUACAUGAAUCAAGCAUAAACAUUCAAAAUCAGAAAAUUCAAUUAGAAUUUCCCUUUAAAAAACUCAUUUAACAUUGACAUUUGUGUUAAAGCACCCCAUGGUUAAACUUGUAAUUUUUAAAUAUUAAUUUAUAGCACAAGAUAAUAGCUGGUGUUCUUGCCGUUACAUAGGUUUUUGUAAAAUAUGUUUUUACUAGGUGCUGUAUGAAUUGUGGUGCAAUUGCAGUAAAGUACAUACAUCUUUUACAUUUUAACUUUUUCCCAUUGCAGGCCGAAGAUCACUAGGUUGGACUUCAGAAAGAAUAAAUUAACACUAGUGGUGGUUGAAGAUGAUGAACAGGUAGAAGGAAGUCUUUGUUCAUCUUGCUUCUAUUGUUGUGAGUUAGUUUAAGCAUAAGUAUCGUAGCCAAAAUAAAUUAAGGAUGGUUGUGGGUGAUAACGUAAACAUUUUUCCUAUUGAUUGUAAUAGGCACUUAGUGAAAAUUAUUGUUUGAAAGUGAAUAGUGACCUGUCAUAUUCUGAAGAGACUGUCCUUAAAAUUUAUUUUUCUACCCAAGAAUGAAUAAUGAAUAACUAUUACAGAUAGUUGAAACAUUUACCUAAUUGUUGAAACAUAGUAUCAUUUUAACACCAACAGGCAUUGUUCAUCUUCUUGAAGUAACACAGUGUUACUUGAUCUCCUCCACAUACAGUAUUAGUAUUCUUGUAUUCCAUUCUUCCACCAAGUUACUCAAGCCAGCACUAGUUUGUUCAUCUGCCACCCCCUCCAACUUUAUCCUCAUAAUAGUCCAAUGAGAUAUAGGCUGAAAGUUACAAGCCUAAGAUCAAUCACUCAGUGAGAGCAUCAUGGCUGAAUGAGGAUUUUAACCUGGCUACUUCUCCCAGGCUAGGGUUCAGUAUUCUAAUCACUAAUAAUACACUGGAUUUCAAGAGUGAUCUUUAAAUUUCUACCAAUAGUAAUGUGAGUUUUCUUCCUCUUUGCAUUUGAUAAGGCAUAUUGCUACAGAAGCAGCACUACCAUUCUUUGUUUAUAUUAAGUAUGGAGAAAUUUGGCUGACUUUGUAUUACUUCCAAGUAAAAAUAUGUUGGAUUUUAAGUGCCUAAUUAGUGUGUGUUGAUUGAUUUGGUAAAGAAACUAGAAAAUCAGCCUAAGGGAAGGCAGAUUGUAAACACUGGUACUCCAAGCCUUCUUUAAAAAGAAGUAAAAAAUGGUUUUAAUAAAUAAAUGUCAACUAUCUUGAACAAACCACUUGGAAAAUAGAAAUGCAAUCUUUUGCAUUCUGUUUGUCUUCUUCUUGUCAGGCUACUCAAGUUGUUGAAAACCAUUAUUCUCCUCCCCACUCCCAAUCCACAGUCAGCACAAAGUAUAGCAGCUCCUAUGUCAAGAAGGCAACACAUCGCUCAGCAAGAUCACAUGUCUUCAGUUGUGGCUUGGCAUUUUUAAAGAAGUUGUGCAGUUUUCCCUUUAAGUGACUAGCACUGUAUAACAUGUUUUAUAAUUGUAAUGCUUUUUUCUGUCAUAAUAACAAAAAAGAUAAACUGAUCCUCUGCUAUUUAUCUCCCUGGCUUAUUCUGUGUCAAGGAAACAGGAAGAACUUGUUAUAUCAGUAAUGCUAUAAAAUACUGAGAGCACAUUGUUCUCUUCAGUAUUUUAUAACAUUCUUGGUUGAACUUACCUUUGAGUUAUGGGUUCUAUGAAUGCCUGCAAUUCGUGACUCUAGCUGCGAUAAUCUGAAGGUAGCAUUCAUAGUAGUUUUCUAAAUGCUCCUGUGGUGGUCCUUCCCCCCCCCCCCCAGGGCAAGGAGCAGGAGCACACUUUUGUCUUUAGGCUGGAUCACCCAAAGGCCUGCAAACAUUUGUGGAAAUGUGCAGUUGAGCAUCAUGCCUUCUUCCGCCUCCGUGGACCCGUCCAAAAAGGUUCCAGUCGGUCAAGCUUCAUUCGGCUGGGGUCAAGGUUCAGAUACAGGUCAGCAGUCCCUUUUGUUCAAUACCUUCUUCCCUGACUUUUUCUCAGAUAAGGCACAGGAAAGAAAGCUGGUCCAUGGUUUUGUUUAUAGUAGUCACUACUCUAGAUUCCUAUUGGCAUAAAGGGAAAGGAUUGAAAGAGGCACUUAGCUCAGUCAAAAUAGUCUGUAGGCAUGGAAAAUCUGCUGCGUGUUAAGCCUUUCUGCUGCUGUGCUCUGCGAAAUACCAAAGCCUAACUUUUACCUUGGCCAAAUCCAGAAAAGACUGAAUUUCUAGAUCUCGUGAUUAGAGAAAGAAGCCUGAACUGUUUUUGCAUAUGCUUAUUUAUUGGAGGAAAUAGAUCUGUAGUUACUCAGCUUGAGUAUACAUCCUUCCCUACUUUCCCUCCCCCAUUUAGGGGAUAAAGCAUUAAAAAACAUUAAACUGAGCCCAUGAACAGAUUGGUAGUCAGGGGAGUCAAUGUAAUAUUGGUGUCUUCAGAUCUGAUGAUUGGGCUCCUGUCAGCAGUUCAGCUGCUCAUUUUGAACCAAUUAAGUUCCCAAAUGCUUUUCAAAGGAAGCACAGUGUGGAACACAUUCCACAGUGAUCUAAGAUGGUUGUAACCAUUGGAUGUGGAACUGUGGCCAUUUCUCUUCUCCAGUAGUUAUAGCCGGCUCACCAGUUGAAACUGUAUUGAAAAGGGCUAUGUCAAAGAGCACUCCCAUUCUACAAAACUGCUCUAGUAGGUACUAGUGAAUCCUUGUGUUUUCUCCACCGCGUCUUUUGGCUGACUUGCACACAAAGUGUAGAGAUGAUUUAAUGAAAGUGGGGGUAAAGUUUAGCUUCUACAGAUGUAGAUUUUUGUGGUGAAACUGAUAUUUUUGGCACAAAAUAUAUACAGUUGCAGUAAUUAUCAGCUGAGUGCACAUGGACUAUGGUUUUCAUCCUAUUCACGUUUCUUGUUUCAUUCCAUUUUUCCUUGUCUCUGCUUUGUUCUUGGAUUUUAUACUAUAUCAUCUGGUAAAGAUCAUGUCUGUUUAAUAUGAUUAUAGAAACUAAUAGUAUGUAUAUGACUGGCUUUAAAUAAAACAAAAGCACAUGAGAACUAAGCGUUUAGAAGAGCAAGGAUAAUUGGGUGCUGUCGCUUACAUCAACUUUUCAAAUAUAAAUGUUUUCUCUUGUUCUUUCCACUUCAAUCUAGUGGGAAAACAGAGUACCAGACAACAAAGACCAACAAAGCCAGACGAUCGGCAUCUUUUGAAAGAAGGCCUAGCAAGCGAUACUCAAGGAGAACACUACAAAUGAGAGGUAGCUUGACUCAUUGGUAGGCGGUGCCACUCGACUUGAUCCAAAUUACUACUUUGACUUACACUAACUAAGAGAAUACCUGAUCCCCAUGCUGUAGCUUAAACUGUUUUUGAAACUAAAAGGUGCUUAAUAACUAUUGUGGCAUGAGUGUAGAGCCUGAUGUUUCAGAAUAUCAAAUCCACCCCCUUGAGUUCCUAGAGCCAGUGUCUUUGGAUCCUUGCCCGUUCUACAAACAGCAUACAAUAUUGUUAAUGGGGCAAUUGCCUGGACUUUCCUUCCCUGUCUUCCAACUUAUCCAUUGCAUUUACUAGGGCUGUGCCAGGCACCCACAGUUCGGCUCAGGGCCCAAUUGGUGAUCCUGAUCAUGCUCAAUCUGGGCUAUGAGCUGGACUUGGGGCCUUUCAUAGUUCUAAUGUUUAUUCAGCAUUUGAAACCCUAAUGAACCAUGUGUUUGAUGACAAGGGGACUCUUACCUGCAUCAUCUUCUCUCCCCCACCUGUUGCUGCCUGAACACCCUCUCCCCUUUUGGCAACCCCAGACCACUCCAGGUGAACCUAGGGUGCUUGGGGCUGCUUCAACCCAGUCUAGACAAAUCAUGGAUCUGCCAGAAUCCAUUUGGAAUCUUGGAUUUGUCUGGACUGGAUGCAAGGCCCUAGUAUUUAGUGGAAGUGUCUGUGAAAGGUGGUAAAGCUGCAUGAUAGGUAACCCUGCAAAUAGUAUAUGCCUAUUUCCCCGCACAUUCUAAGUUUUAGUCUGUUUUAAAGUGUGUCCCUAACACUUUGCACAAGUAUCUUUGGAAAAAAAUAAUGCAAGCUUUUUGAUAUUGUGUAAUUUUUUUGUUUUAUUACAGGAAACACUCAUAAAUCUGAAGAAACUAGGUAAGAGGACCUGUCGGCAUUAGGCUUCCACAGUAAAGAUUUAUUCCAUGAAUAUGUCUUGGUCAUCUCUAUAGGAUUAUCAGGAAUAUUCUCUGAUAAUAUGUUAAAAGCCCCUUUCCUGUUGCUUACGUAUUUUUUCAUGAAUUAGACACCAUUCAAAUUAAACAGUAAAACUCAUGCAAGGCAGAGAGCUUAAAAGCUCUUUCCAUGCCACAUUUUCCUGCCAUGGAAAGAGCUUUGUAAGCUCUGCCUUGCUUACCAGGCUCUGGGAAGGUCUUGCACAGACUCUGGAGAUCUCACAAGACCUUGGGAUAACCCUGCAAGAUUUCCCAGGAGUCCACAACCUCCGAGUGCCCAGUACACAAAGCUUGUUUGGUGUGCUGGCUUUGGAAAUGUAGGCAUGGUCACACUGGGCUUGUUCUGACUAUACACAAUUUUGGCUUCACAUGCUAUCCCCCAGAGUGUAACCCCCCCCACAAGAUGCGAUCCUACUGUACUUAUUUUUUUACUCCUUUUCUUAGUUAGUGAAAGAGGUAGGUAGCCUCAUGGGAGUCUGCCAUCUUCCCUCUACUUAUUUUUAAUGGUGGUAUUAGGAUAUCAUGGUAUGUUCACCGUAGAGCUAAUCAAUUCUAUGUUUGACUAUGCUUGCUAAUUAACAUUGCUGAUUAAAAUUGAUUUUAAAAGAUGCAUGUCGUUUCACUGAAAGUUAUUAGAUCAGCAAUGAAUUUUUUGCUGUUGUUGAAAGAAGUGCUCUUUCAUACCUGCUUUUUAUGGUGUGGUGUUUGACUUAACGGAUCUGUGCAAGUUAGCUUCAUGUGGAAACCACAACAACCAUGCCUUGAUGGAACUGGAAACAUACACAGAUAAGAUAAAUUAAUGUGUUUUGGUUCCAGGCAUCAGGGCUCAGUAUUUCACUCUUACCAUCGUUGAAAAUUUGGCUUUGAUUUAUUGCACUCCUACUCCUGAUUGAUAAGAUUUGCCUUGAUAAGUUCUGCCUACCAGAACUUCAUAUGGAUUAUGAUGGCUUAGGAAAAAGUCCAGCAUAUGUGUGAGAUCUUAGUGUAAAACAGUCAAAGUAAGGGCUGCUUUGGAGUCAAGUGAUGCAUACAAAUGUAAAUACAGAAAAUGCUGGUUUGGCCUCAGUUUUAUUUAUUUAUUAAUGUCCCUGUUGCUGAUCCUACUUGGAGCUGGCAGACCCAGAUAAGCCUUAAAAUCCUAACAGUUUGAUCUUUGAUAAAUUAACUUUAAACUAUUGGUUUUUUCCCCCAUUUCAGCCUUCCGAAUAAUGUUUUCAGCCAAAAUAAUGGAUCACAGCAAGUAAGUUUGUCUAAGCUGUUUACUUAACAUUUUUCUAAGUCUUUGCGUCAAAAGUAAACUAAUCUCAAAUGCAGUUGCCUUGACCUCAGAAUUUAGAACCUGUAGUAAAUGGAAAGUUGGAUCAUUUGGUUCUCUUGGCCAUAAAUGUUAAGCUAAUAUGAAAAUUUACAAACCAAAGUAGAAAACCUUGUGUUCUCAUUUUCAAGGCUUAAAAAAACCCAAUGAAGGCAAAACUACAUUUUUGCUUUGUAUUUUGUCUUUCAAGAACUGGAGUGCAAUGCCCGCCCUACCCUCAGUUACAGCAGUUCCUUCUGGGCCAGUCUUAGUUGAAAUAGAAAAUCUCCCACGGAGUCCUGGGACCAGCCAGCAAGACAAGAAAUGGUGCGUCACUCUGGUCUCACUUUGCUCUGAUUUGGAAAUGAUGAGUUAUUGGUCAUUUCACAUACCUUUCCUGCAACUGAUAUUGUUCAUAUUUGUGUCUUCUAAGAAGAAUAUAUUGUUGUGGGGGUCAUAGAUUGUUCUUUUCAGCCUAAUUUGGAUACUUUGUCAAUUCAUAAUUUGCAGUCCCAGUGUUGCUGGGUAGCACCUUGCUAUUGUGCACCCUCAUUAUGUGCUCCCGCAGUGAAGUGAGUUGAAUGACUUGUCCUUCAACCAGGAUUGUGCUCUAAGUUCUGGCCAGAUGAGAAAAGCCAUACUUUUCAUUACUGCAGGCUUUUCUUCAAAAAAAAUUAUAAAACCAUCAAGCUUCACAGCUGCAGGUUUUUGGUUUUUGGUUUGUUUUUUGCAGUGACCAGGAGGGGUUCACUUAAGAAAAUGGAAAAGGUUGCAAAUAAGAGCUUAUAUUUCAUUUAAAUUCCUUUUCCUGAUGGUCCAGGCUCUGGCUAUCCAUCAAGAUAAGACCAUAUUACUUAGCUUUCAGCCCCAUUCUGACUCAAAAAUACUUUUUGCUUCAAAGGGGACAAUUUAAUCUUGGAGAAAAACUUUUAAUUCUCUCAGACAUUUUUAAAAACUGCAGCAUUACAAUGCAGUAGACUUAAAAUUUAUCUUAGGCUGUUCCAUCCAUGCAGUGAACCUUUGACAUGUGAUCAUAAUCUGAUUUGUUUUGCUUUUGUACAACUUAUUUAUUUGAUCUCAUUUAAUUUGUAUGCUAUUUAAUUGAAAGAAACAUACUUCGAAGUGGUUAUAACAGUGAUACAGCAAGUAUCACUAAUUUGUGGUCCUAAUUGUUCAGAUGUAUUUGUCUUUUAUGCAAACUUAGCUAAUUGUAUCUGUUGACUUAAAAAUGCUCUUGACUUUGGCUUUAUAUCUUGAAGCUGUUCUGAGCUAUGAUCAAAAACAUAAUCAAAAGGUGCUUUCUCUUUUCUCUUGCCCUUGAUUUAUCCAGUGUCUGAAAUUGGAGGUUUUUCUCUUGAGCUCUUGGUUGCUCUGUCAGUUUCUUCCUUCCCACUGGUGGUGAUUGUAAGGUGGUGAUACUUUAUUUUUUAAAUUCUGUUUUGCCUUAUUGGUAUGAUGGCCUGUCUUGCAUAAGCUCAGUAUAACUGCUGUGCACAUGCUUUUUGGUAACAUUCUUGUGUGUGGUCCUUAGACUCCAGCUCCAAACAGCUCUGACUAUGCUUUAACAGCCUUCUAGCGAUUUAUCAAGGAGUUGCUGCUUCUAAGAAUAUAAAUGGUGUAUUUAGAAAUGUGCACAGCAGUGAUUGUGCUGUGAAUUGCAGAAUUUGGAAAACUUCAAUUUGCUCCCGUUCUCCUUCUAAAAUGGGUGGGGAGCUGUGGACCUCCAGAUGAUGUUAAACUCCAAAUCCCAUUACCCCAAACUGUUACAGUCAGUGAUCAGGGAUGGUGGGAGUUGCAGUCCAGCAUCAUAUUGCUCGAGAGGUUUUCCCUUUUUUAUACCCAGUACAAUUGCGAAGAAAAGUAAGUGUGUGGUAACUUCAAUUAAGGCUAUUGCUACAUGUAGUUCCCUUCAUUAAUAUUAAUUAAAAUUUCAAAGUGUGUAUAAUCACAUAUAGUAUAUACACAUCUCUUCCACUGAGAGAAAUUGCCAAUUUGGCUUCCCACCACAAGAGCCUGCUGUAAAAUAGGCAUAUAUGAGUCACUAGGGCGGUCAGAUACAAAAGACAGCAGAGUGCCUGCACUUUUAAUAGCUGUGUAAAAGAAGGAAUUAAUUAUAGCAGGUACAGUUGGUUGCCCUAGAUAUACAUAUGGGCUACACACUCCUAUGCCACUGCUAUGUAAAAAAGGACCAUUUUGGAAGUACGGUAGCUGUUACGAGCUACAGAAACCUUAAUAGAUAAGAAAGGGUUGUUUUUCACCAUAGUUCCUGUUCCAUCAACCCCUGGAUAUUAUAGCUUUUCCAUCCAUGUGUUGCAGUGGUCUAUUCCAACCUUAGUGGCACAAGGAGAACUUUUUAACUGUAGCAGACGUGCAUGUUCGAUAAAACUUGUCACACAACCUGUCUGUUUAUCCUCGCCCUGUGUGCCUAUACUGGCUCUGGGCGCUUGGAGGAAAACAUGGACCAUGUGUUCAGAACUUCAGGUGUAAGUUCGCUUCAGCAGUAGCCCAGUAUGUGAUAUGGGCAGUAUAUUGAGUAGAUCCUACAUCACCUUGGGAUUUUGUGGGGAAAUCUGCAUUCUUCCAUUUCAGAAUUAAAUAUUCAUCAAGCAGCCUACAUUUUUGUUAUUCUGCAUGGUACGGCCCAGUUCACAGAUGAUGUUAAAACAUUAGUUUAAUGCAAAGAUUAAAUGCUCAUUUUUGGCUUACUCCUCAUAGUAAGCCACCAGUGAUGGUUCUUGCACAGCACUAAGCCAACAUCUGGUUUUGUUUAAUGGUGGAACAGCACAGCAGCAGUGGGAGAGGAGUAAAAUGGACACUCAUGAGAAUCCUGCCCCAGUAUGCUGCUUGUUCACAUUAAACAGGUGUUUGUUUCUAACUAUGAUUUAAUGUUAUACAUGAACUCGGCAUGUAUGUGUGCAUUUUAACAGGUUGUGCUGCUAUUCUCAGGGGUCAGGGGAAGGGGAAGCAGUAAAGAAUUGUUUGGAGCUGUAUGGUCAGUCAAGUGUGUUGCGUUCAGUCUGAAGUUUGGAAUGAGAUUAAGCUGGAUGCAUUGAUGGAAUGUGUGUCUCUGCUUGGAGGAGAGUGACUUGAAUGUCUCGAUGCUGCCUAUGGGGCUUUCCUGCAUCAACCUCUUAUCCCUUUUAAUUGGUCUGGUCCCACAGCUUGGCUUUGGUCUUGCUCCUUUCACUUCAUCAGCCUUCUUUAGAGAAUUUUUAUUUAAGCUCAAAAUUGUUAGAACUAUGGUGCAUUGAACGUCUUAAUUUGGUAAAGGAUCUGAACAUUUUUAAAGGAAUGGUUCUUUGCAUGUAUGGAAACGUGGCUGUGUUUCAUUAUGUCAUUUUUAGACAUAAUUUGAGCUGCAGUGCUGACAGUGCCACUCAAAAGGAUAAGCAAUGCAACACCAUUCAGAGAGUUUACUAUGAGUUCACAUUUUUUAUUGUGGAGGUUCCUAAUCUAUUGAUUGUGAAGACAAGGAUAUUCAGUGUAAACUCCAAAGUUAGGUUUGCACUUAGGUUUUACAGGAUUGUCAAGGUUAAUUCCUGAUCAUAAGGCACUAUUGAAAUCUUGCUCUGUGUUUAAGGGGCGAAUGAGCAGCCUGUGUCUUCUCAAAUUCACAUUCAAUUUUAAACAUGUUUGUUGCUGCCUUGAUAGUGGAACAGAGCAGAUAUGGGGCUAGGAUGUCAGGUGCUGGUGAUCCAUCUUCAGGGAUUACCAGCUCCCAUGAGAACAAAGAAUAGGGCCAUCUUGAGCAGACCUGCCCAGAUGUUCCAAGUUCCACUCCUACCCUCCAUUAGGCUAAUAGACAUUAGUCUAGGCUAACAGUGUGAACACCUGUAGGGUCUUGUGUAGCUGUACAUGCAAAGACUUCCACAAACUCUGGAACCCUGAAAUUUAUUGCUGGCAGCCAUUAUGAUGAGCUGUUCAUAAAGGUGGUGUUUUAAUUCAUACGGCAAUGAUCCAGAUACUCAACAUAAGAAACAGGAGUUGAUUUGAUUUGAAAUUGCUUCUAAAGAAGGCUUCUUUGCAAUAGGCUUGGUAUCUUGCAUGCUUUUCAAAUCUCCUUUACUCUGAUGUGCAUAUUCUUCCUGCGAUGCUGCUUGAUUGCAUAGUGAUGCGAUUUUAGUGGAACAUUACAACAGACAGAACUGUCAUACUGUAUUUUCCAAAAUGGAAAAGUUGAUCAGUAGCGGUCUCACAACCAUACUGAUAGGCUUUCCCCCAGUCUUCAUUGGAUAGUUGUUGUACUGUCAGUAGAACUACAGGCUUUAGGGCACAAGCUUUGAAUAUGGUUAAAUAUUCAGCACACACAUAUACAUGCGUACACCCACACACUCCAGAAACCAGCCAAAGACUAUCAGAUACUCAAACUAUCUAAGAAAAAAACCCUGAGAAAACUCCCCUCGUGUAUACAGUAGCACCAAAAGUGGCAUGGUACUGUUGAAAAUAAUAGUUAUGACUGUUACUAAUUAUUAGAUUGAAGGAUUUAAGAAUUCUAAAAGUCUUGUUCAGUUGAGUUGCCUUCCUUAGCUGGCUUUGGCAGCAACACUCAAUUCAAUCAAGUGUUCUGAUCAAAUUUAGUAGGAGUAAGUGUGGGAGACAGGAAGCCAAGCAAAGGUUUUUACUAAUCUGCAUUCUUAGGCAGUUUCCUGGUCAAAACCCCCACAGGCAUUAUAGUUAUCUUUUGCUGUCAUCCAAAAUGGGCCUUCCUAAGUUUUCUUUGAACACACUAAGCUUUUGGGAAGUGCUUCAUUCCAUUUUAAAAUCAGUGGUUAUGCCAAUAGGUAGGUGUAGAAGUUCAGAUCUAUAGAUGCAUUAAUGCAGUUAAUUUUAAAAUACUUAUUAUUAGGAAAUUUGGAAUUCAGAACAUAAAAGAAUGUGAUUCUGAAUCCAGCUAAAAAGCAAACUUCCUUGAUGUGUAAUAUUCAGGAACCAAGUAUCCAAGAUAUCUUCAAUAUGGAGCAACUCCAGCUAUGCUCAUAGGCAUUAAUUAGCAGUAGAGCGGAGGAGAAAAAACUAGCCCUUCCUCUUUCUGAAGCGCUAAAGAUUUUCUGUCAUAACAAGAUGGUUUUCCAAGACCAUGCACUAAUCAGAACUGGGCAAGUCCAGGACAGCUUCAUUCAUUAACACACUGUGUCUGCGUUAAUGUUGAAAAUUGCGCAUAUCUAAGAAGAUUGAUUUUGCAAUUUCCUAAAAUGAAAUUUGGGUACAGAAAAAAUGGCAGAAACCAGGCCAAGCAAGCAGGAUCCAGAUCAGUUAAUUCUGAAUAACAUGUGCAUGAAAUACUCUUGUUUUUCCCUGGCCAUGUUCGCAUGCCAUGUUAAACCAUGGUUUAAGCAUUAUAUGGAUAAGCCUUCCUGAGCUCAGAGCGUCAGGCUUCUGCAUUUUCCCCCUCCCCUCACUUGUGCAGCAAGGAUGAGGACUUCUUCUGUGUUAUCUUUGCUGCUUACCAUUGCAUAUGAACCAGAGGUCCUGGUUUAAAACAAACAAACAGUAAUUAGUUACACACGCAAACUUCAUAAUCAUGGUUUGAAGCUGACUUGUUCAGAAACUAGUCAUGCGAACUGGGCCACAGUGUUUAUGGUGAGCUUCUUUAUCAUUCUUCCUUGCUUCAGACUCAAAAACUAUUUUCUGAUACGUCAAAGUAGUUCUCCUGUUAAGAAUAGUAUGUUUGUCCUAAAUGUUUAACAGUGUCAUUUAAAUCCUUUAUCGCUGCUGUGCCUAUCAGGUAUUUUGCUUAAAGAAGGAAUAUAGUGUUAAGCCUGCACAUUUAGGCAAAUCUAUAGCCAUUCAUAUUAUAGUAAACCAUGAUAAGCCAGUGGGCUGGAUAGGUAUCUGCAUUCAUUUCUAAUUUCAUUUUCUGAAUGGAGUAGAUGCCAUGUGAAAAAGUGGGGGAGUAUUCAAAUUAACUGUUGCAUUGGUCACCCUGAAACCAGCAUGACAUCAUAGCAGCCGUGGAGGGUUUGACUUGACAGUCCACAGUUUCAUUUCAUUAAACCACGCAUUGUGCUUGCCGCUAAACAAGUUUGUUCUUGCUAGUCUGCCACUUCCUCAGCUACCUCUUGCUCCUUCCAUUCUCUCUCCUCAUUUGUGUCUAGAUACUAACUGUGCCUCAUCCCAUUCCCCAAACCAAUCCAGGCCCCAUGAUGCUGGUGACUGCUGUCAACGUGGUGGAAGUGCAUGGAACGCGUGGUCCCCACCCUCGGCCCACUCAGUGGAUAGACACCACUACCGUGACUUUGUCCGUGACCGCAAUGUGAAGAAUGCAGGAAUGUACAGACAGGCUUUUGGUUCUGGUGUCCAAACCUCUGUGACUGACCUGUAG